GCCCACCAUGCCGCCUCAGAUCAAGCAGGACCUCAACCGGUCCGGCUGGGAGUCGACCGACUUCCCCUCGGUCUGCGAGACGUGCCUGCCCGACAACCCCUACGUCAAGAUGCUCAAGGAGGACUACGGUGCCGAGUGCAAGAUCUGCACGCGCCCUUUCACCAUCUUCAGCUGGUCCACCGACCGCGCCCACGGCCGCAAGAAGCGCACAAACAUCUGCUUUUGCGCCGUGCCUCCGCCGAAAGUGGGACUCAAUGCCGGGCCCGGGCUGGAUGCCAGCCUUACAUACCGUACAUAUAAGUACGCGCGACUCCUCGUGGAGAUACACUUUGAUUUCCGACGGGGGCGCUCCGGCGUCGUCGUGAUGGUCUUCUCUGCUUCCUAACGUUGCCCGGCUGCGGUGCUGGUCUCGCUGCAGUCGCUGUCGCGUUUCGUGUCUGGACGGUUUGGUUAGUAGUACCUCGGUUACCGCUGUACAGUAG